AUUGUAUGGGAUGUUACUCCGUCCCUUGGCGCGACUUGUUUCGUUUGCGAACAGCUGUCCCCGUGGACUUUAAAAUCUUCCUAUAAAUAAUUCUAUGGACCAGUGCGAGGUUUACUCAAGUCGAGGAGGCUCUUUGGAAGCAGCAGUAACUAUUCCUAGAAGUCAUGGAAAACUCAAACGGGACCAAGGAGAACUUAUGGAUGAUUCUGUCAAAAUAGCUGCUAUGAAAAUGUCACGUCAGUCACCACCAACUUCAGACAAUCUGACGGCAAUCAAUACAUCUGAAACAAAUGCGAUGAGUGUUUUACCGCGUCUUUUGCGCACUAUGACAAAUAGAAAUACUCAGGCCACAAAUAACGGUAACAACAGUGUAGUUGAAAAUAACCAGGCUUUGAAUGGCGAGUUAGGCUUCUCAGUAUCAAUAUCUGGAUCUGCGGUCAAUGACAGUGAUUCAUCAUCCUCUUCAUGUUCUUUCAUUUCAACUCCAUCUUCUUGUUCAUCUUUAAUUUCAUUCCUUUCUCCUGGACAUCUGGGACCUGUUGCUGCUAUGGCUGCUGUGGCGUUAUCUACUGCUGUAACCACUAUGUCUGUAAAUGAUAUUCAGGAAUCUUCAGGAUUAGUAACUUUAGCAACUGCUAGUAGCCUGAUUGAAAAGGAAUGGCGUACUCGUGCUGCAGUAGCAAACAAGGAAAAUGCAAAUAAUGCCAAGGAACAUGCUGAAACAACACUUGCAGUUCAACAUCAUACUGAUUUACUAGCCUCUACUAUCCAAGCAAAUGCUGAUCGAAAUCAACAAUUCGCUUUAGAUGGCUCACCUCCUCUAGUAAUUGGUGCCCUUAAUACUCCAUCUUCUCAGUCCUUAUUGAAUGAUUCUACCCCAGUAACCAGAGCAGUACUUAAUGUUCAAAGCUUGGCGGCUUUUAUCCGUGAAACCCAAAAACAAUGUUCCAUGCCCGGUCCAACAACUUCUCUUGAACUCCCUCUAACCUCAGUUUUCCCCCUGCCAACCGAGACCAAAUUAACUUCAUCAUGUACUGUCAGACAGGUCGCUUCACCGUCGUAUCUGAUACCCGCCUCUACUCCUUCCUUCUUAUCGAUGGGUCCAGUUCCCCAAAACCUCCCAACAGGCAUCGAACACCCUUUGCAUUCAGAAUCAAUACCAGCAGCAGCGGCAGUAGUGAAUUCUAACACAGAUUCACCACCUAUUCAAUCAACAGCAUUCAUAUCUUUACAGCCUGCACCAGGUUCUCUAAUUAGUCCUUCUGACUUACAACAACUUGUUACUAGCGGAGAAUUUAUGUCCUCAGCAGCUCGGCAAACUCUGCUUGGUCAGUCGACCGAUGGAUCUACGCGACAACUUUAUCUACUUGUACCAAGUGACUGUCCAGUAAUCAUGCCGAGGGUUUCAAAUAACCAGCCAACUAUGACUCCUAUUCUACAGUCCACAUCUCCGUUGAUGGAGUCCGUUCCCACAGGUGCUCCAAUAUUAGAAGCCAUAUCUCCAGGUGUAGAACCUGAAGACAAUUGUGUUCAGAUGUCACCAGACUCAUCAACAUGCAACAAUUCACAGCCAACACUAACUUCAGUGUCACAUUUGGCUACUACAAUGCUUAAUCCAAUGAAUUCCUCAACAUCUACCGCGUUAUCCACUUUUUUGGCAGGUUUGGAGGCUCGAAAUCAGCCUAUACAACAGAUUCAAUUAGGUGGGUUACCUUUGUCUACAGUAACAUCUCCACUGUCAUGUUCAUAUUCUAAUUCACCAUCAGUUCAUACCACAGAUUCAUUGGCUCCCAGUUGUCCAAAACUCCGAAUCCCACUUCAAAUUUCGGGUCUUCCUAUCCACGAACCCAGUUUAUUGUCAGUCCAGCAAAAUAUUUAUCCAGUUGCAAAUAAUUCAGCGAAUUCUGUAUUAGGCAUUGUAAAAAGUGAUCCUGAUACAUAUACUCCAAAUGGUCAUACCUAUUCAUCGUUACUUGAUGAAGCUAGUCGAUUCAGAUCUUAUCCAACUUAUUCACAACAAUUAUCUCAUCAUAAUAUACCUCAUAGUACAACUAUACGACAGCCUGUUCUAACUUCUACGCCUUCAUCCUCUUCAACAUCAUCAAAUAAUGGAUUCUUUCAUCAGGAGACUUCAAAUCCAUUAUUAAUUAAUCAGGUGUGUUCAAUUCCUAGUAAUGGUAAUUCAGUCAUCACUAGUAAUCAUAAUGGAGAUGAGUCAUUAACUAAUGGACAUUUUCAGUCAACUAUAUCACAUUCAAAUGUUCAAGUCACCCCCUCAACAUUCACAGCUUCUUUAACCUCGAAUUCUGAUGCAACUACUGUUACUCAACUACCUCCAGUAUCAAAAUCAAACACUUCUGUAGAUGAAUGUCGUCGGAAUUCGGUAACAAAUACAAUGUUAAAUACAUCUAGUAGCAGUAGUAGUGGUCGAUCGGACCAAGGUAAGGGUUCUUCUGCCUAUCUGGAACAUCUGAAUCCAGAGUCGAAGGACAUACGACGACGUGUAAGCCAUAAUGAAGUUGAACGUCGUCGUCGAGAUCGAAUCAAUACAUGGAUUAGUGAGUUAUACAAAUUACUGCCACCAGAUGAACAAACGAAAUCACAAUAUCAAAGUAAAGGUAUUGUAUUGAAACGUGUCUGUGAAUACUUUCAAAAUGUGGAUAGUAUGCUUAAAGCAGCUAAUUCAGCAGUUGAACAGAUUCGAGUGGAAAAUAGUAUCCUACGUCAACGUGUACGUGAACUACAACAAGAGAAUCAGUUGUUGUCUGCUUCAUUGCAGUUGGGUGCAGCGGCUGCAGCAGCACAUCUGAAGAAUAGACAACCUAGACUAGGAUCAAUCAACGGUGCCAGUAGCGAUGAGAUGAAUAGUAGUGGUACAACUAGCGGUGACAAUUGUACUGUAUUAAAAGAUUCAAUUGAUCUUGUAGAAUAUCAGUCUCCAGUUACUGUAUUCACUGUGGAUACUGCUAGUGUUAGUAAUGUCAACUAUAGACAUGUAACAAAUUUUAGUCAAGCAAAUUCCAAUUGUAUAACCCCUACAAGUUCCCUUAAUUCAGCCUGUUUUACAACACCAUUGUCAUCAAUCAAUGGUGGUAUUGUAGGAUUUAACAAUCAUGUGAAUGCUUCAGAUGCAUCCUCUUCAUCUUCUUGUUCAUCAUCGUCUGUGAAUCCAACAUCAACUCCAGAAAUCAUUAAUCAAGUUAUAUGCCCAUUAACUUUACCAAGCUUGGAUCAUAUAACUAUGCAUAAUGAUGCUGGUAAUAAUCGAGUUUCUUAAAUCAUAUUUCACUCCUUAACUUUAUCCCUCCUUUGUUGAAAUUCUUUCUUAUCAAGUAUCCUUCUUACUUUUCAUAGAAUUUGCGCCUUGGCAGCCAAUGAAGGAAGGGAAUAAAUGAAACCAUUAUGAACAUAUUGUUACACAUUCCUAAACAGAUAAAAAUACUAGGCAUUGACGAUAAGAAAAACUAAGUUUUCAUCAUCAUCAUCAUCACCAUUAUCAUCAUCUUUAGUGACCAGUGAAUUUUGUGUACUUCAACGACACCAUUACAACAUAACGGUGAAGUUCAUGUGCUUUCCAAUCAUUUCUCAUAUGGUUCAUUGUCUUUCUUAUCCUUUCAUCAUUAUUAUAAUAAUGUACCGGAUAUACUUCACCAUGAACAAUCUGUAGCCGUGUGAAUCCUGUUUCUUCUAUGUGUGUGUGUGUGUAUGUGUGUUUGCUAACACCUAGAGAAUCAAUCAUCCAUCAUUCAUUUUGAAUAUAAUUAAAGACAGAUUCUUUUCUAAAAUUUUAUUCAUCAUAUAUAAUAUACAACAUAUUCAUCUUUCUCUCUUUCUUUAUCUCUAGGACGUAAUAUUUUGGACAAUAAUAAUCUCCUUCUUCUUUUGUCUUUGCCUUCCUCUCAUCUUUCUUUUUUUUCUCUUUUCAUUGUUAAUGAUUAUUAUUUCAUCAUCUGUUUAUUUUCACAAUUGUGCAUGUAAGUGCAUAAAUGUGUAUCCACAGCAUGUUUUAAGGGGGGUUGGCGGUGGAGGAGGUACGGAGAGAAGGAGAAACCUUGAAUCACACACAUUCACCUGGUGAUUUUUCCCCCCUUUCAAUUUUGCCCUUUAAUAUUCUGAUCAUUAUUAUUAGUUAUCAUCAGAACGCCCCCAUUCAAUAGUUACUACAACUAUUCCUUCUUAUGUGUGUGUGUGUGUGUGUUUGCUUUCCAUAUAAUAUUCUUAUUGUUGCAUCUAUUGUGCCUAUCUGUGAUAGUGCUUUAACUUGCAAAGAUGAACAUUACCUGGUACAUUAGGUGUGUUGGUGCCGGUGGUGAUGGUAUUAUAUGUGGUCAUCACAGAGUAUGUUGUCCUUGUUUUAUUCCUCUUAUUGGUGCUGUUGUCUUCGUCACCGUCAUCAAGAGAACUUUGGUCUACUGUCUAACGUUUGCCAGUGCAGUAGUAGUUGAUUUACAAACCCGCCCAAAUCUUCCGUAUACUAUGAUCACACGACACCAUGUUUGUGUAGGUUUGUGUAUGUGUGUGUCUCCGCCCACCUACUCACAUAAAUUUUCAUUUUUGCCUUCAUCCCCUUCCCCACCUGCGUCUCAUACUAUACCGCGCCUAUUUUUCUCUCACUUUUAUUUUCUCUUGUUUUUUUUCGUAUUUGUGAUGGUUUAUCAUCAGUAGUAGUAAUUUGGAUCGUUUUUUCGUGUAGUUUUUCCUUCAUGUCUUUCAUGUUGUAAACAUAGAGAAAAAAACAUAACUAUUCACGUUGGAUAAUGUGUACUGGAGAGAAAAUAACUUACGUUGCCAAUGAUGCGCUGUGUUGUUGUUAUUCUCGUUUAAUUUUACCUUUUUCCUUCAUCACUCAUAUCUGUCUGUUUGUUCAAAUCCCCAGGUUGAUGAAAUUUUCGUCUUUAUCUGACUAAUAUAUCGGUGUGUGUGUGUGUGUGUCUGCCUGCGUGUAUGCCUUUUCACACAUCGUAUCGAAAAAAGGUGCCUCUUCAUAUUUCUUCCAGGUAUCAAUCUACGUAUCCAGUUGUUGUCUUUGACAUUCUUAGGAGAAAAUCGACGGUUGAACUGUUGUCUUUGUAGGAAAACAUAUUCCUUCCACUAUUCUUUAUGUCACACAUUUUACUUGUUGUUAUGAUUUAGGGGUAGAUUACGAUAUGGUCAGUGGGUUUUCUCUCUUCUAAUCAAUUUAAUCCAUGCUAUAACGAAGAAGCCAAAGAUUGUCAUCAACUUCAAGUUUACUGUUGUGUAGUGAUUCUUUUACACACAAAAUGUAUUGCAUUCGCUGAGGCUGCAUCGUACAGCUGGGUUCGUUUUUCUCUUUCUUGACUUUCAUGGUCUUUUUUUUUCUCUAUUCUCUUUGGAAAUGUUUAUUCUCUCUUGGUUCCACUCAUCUAACAACUGUUGUCUAUGUGUUGUAUACCCUUUCCGUGUGGUAUUGUUUUUGUUGGUUAAGUUGCUUAGACCACCUUAAAUUCAUCCCGUGAAUAAAACGGUGACAAAUUCAGCUACUUUACGAAAGAAAUGAUCCUUCCAUGCACACAUCAUCUUUCAUGUUUCAUUAUUUAAAAAAAAAAUCUAUGUGAACAUUACAGCUCAACUUUGUUUGUCAGUUCCUAGUAGGUUAUACUUUUUUUUUCUUUUACCGAUAUGUAUUGCUGGUUUCUGCGUUUGUUACAUGUUUCAUUUGUUAUUUCAUCAGAAAACACUAAGCAAGAGUGAAGUGUGUGUAUGAAUUGGUUAUACUAUUCAACUGGAGUUAUAAAGUUUGUUGAAGCACAGAAAGUUUUACCUUUUCUGUCUAUUUCACUCAUAUCUAUCCUCAAUAUGAUUCAUGUUGGAAACGGAUUUCCGUAUCAAAAUGAGUUUUGAAGUUCUAUAUGAAAUACUCCUUUUUAAUGAUUGCAUUUUAGAUAAAACAAGAGAGAGAGAAAAUGCGCGAUGGACACGUGUGUGUGUGUGUAUAUUGUAAGGAAUAAAAACAAUAUCAUUUAAAGCUAAGAUCUUUAUGUUCUCAUUGUUAUACACAUAUAAAAUGUGUAACACUUUCUCAUUUUCAAAAGUUGGAUUCUUGUUGAUUCACUAACUACCUGCCUGUUUACUUGCUCGCUUUAAAAUUAGAUUGGAAGGUUAAGAUGACUAAUUUGCUAUUUAUCUUAUAAAAUUGUAUUAUUCACGCUAACAUUUUUUCACAGCUGAGUGAGUUUUUCAACUGUGAUGUUAACAGGCUUUCUGUUAACAAUCACCCAAGACUACAAGAUAUGGUGUUAUACACAAAUGUCACGAACUAGCGAAAUAUACUUCUACUACUGAACUACUUGAGUAGUUAGGAACUAUUCAGGCUUUUCUAUAGAUCUCACCAGGCAGAACAAAGUGAUAUUAACACUGGACAACAGCUUGUUCAUGGACGAAUCAGUCCAUUAGGGGUGAAUGCGAGCAGUUGGCACUCGAAGAGUUGUCCAGUAACAAUAUCUUUUGUGCUAACCACUUUCAACUUUUUUUGUAUAUUUGUUCCUACUUUCGCUAACAUUAAUCCCCAGUAUAAUUUUCAUUGGAAGUUUAAUUUACCUAUCGACCAUCGAUUGGGAAAGAAACGUAAUUCGAUCGAUAGCCACAUUUACAUUACUCUAUUACACACUAAUUUGUGUGGAGAUUAAUAAUUCUAUCUGGUUAUUCAAACUUGUAUGAAUUGCUGUUUUGCACUUUCAUCAAGUGUUUGAUUUGUACACUACACAGAUUUACGGGACCAUGUGGUGCAAAUAACCUGCACCUACAAGUCGCAGUGUUUAUAACCUACUAUACAAACAUAUUUUCUGGCCAAAUUUAGAACACCAUUUUAUAGAGAAUACAGUGAAUUCAUUGUGGAAUUCGUCUCUUUAUUUUCAACGGCAUACUAGUUAUAAACUCG